CCUCGUGGCCUAGUGUGAGAGCGUGCCAGCUAGUCAAGUGCAGUGACUCUCCUUCUACCGAGGAUCCUGAGGGGCUUUGCCUCUUCCCGUGAUCAUUCUCCGAACAUUAACGGUGAUCGUGCAUAGUGUUUGCUAAGCCAGCUGCGAGCUGCCCCCCAAAGAAGAACGAUCGCACAGAAGAAGAAGGAGCAGGAAGCCCUACGAGAGCUACACCAUUUGCUGCGGCAAAAUGUUGUCCUGGCUACCACUGUUGAUGCUGGUGGCGGUAGCAACCGCCCAAUCCAGCCGUUUCCGAGCGGAAUUCCCUGGACCGUACUGUGCAGCACGGCGCGAUAGAUGCUGCAACGAUCGGCAGGAUGGUUGCGCUCAACCAAUCUCGACGACCAUGUGCUACUGUGAUGAGUUUUGCGAUAGAGGCGAACAUGGCGAUUGCUGCCCGGAUUACGAGGAGGUGUGCCUGGGUUUGACGACGCCGUCGCCACCGGCCCGUUUGGAGCGCUGCGUCCACAAGAACCGCUACUUUACACCCUUCGACCCACCGGUAGUCGACAACUGUAACACUUGCAAGUGUAAUCUCGAUGGUACCGUCACGUGCACCGACAACGUUUGCCUGGUCGAUGACGAUCUGUUGCGCCAGCUGCAUCACCUAGAGCGUUCGAUCGGUUGGAAGGCCGGUAACUACAGUGAAUGGUGGGGCCGGAAGUAUGACGAGGGUAAGGUGCUGCGUCUCGGUACGUUCCAGCCGAAGAUCCUGGUGAAGGCGAUGAAGCGGCUGAGCAACCGAGGCGGUCCGCUUCCCUCCCAUUUCGAUGCGGCCGAUCACUGGCCCCGACUUGUCAGUGAGGCGCGCGAUCAAGGCUGGUGUGGAUCUUCCUGGGCAGUGUCGACGACUACGAUGGCAUCGGAUCGUUUCGCUAUUCUCUCGAAGGGUCGGGAGCAGGUACAGCUGGCUCCACAGCAGUUGUUGGCUUGCGUGCGGCGUCAGCAAGCUUGUACCGGUGGCCAUCUGGACACGGCCUGGCAGUAUCUUCGCAAAGUUGGAGUGGUAAACGAUGAGUGCUACCCUUACAUUGCCGGUAAGAACCAGUGCAAGAUCCGGGAAGGCGAUACGCUUGUCACGGCCAACUGUGAACUGCCGCAGAAUGUGAACCGUACCGCGAUGUACCGGAUGGGUCCGGCGUACAGUCUGAACAACGAAACCGACAUCAUGACCGAAAUCAAGGAGCGUGGCACCGUUCAGGCUAUUAUCCGUGUGUAUCGGGAUUUCUUCUCCUACCAGAGCGGUAUCUAUCGUCAUUCGGCCGCGGCAACACCGGCAGAGGAACGCUCGGCUUACCACUCGGUGCGGUUGAUCGGUUGGGGCGAGGAACGCGUUGGCUAUGAUACGGUCAAGUAUUGGAUCGCCGUCAACUCUUGGGGCACCUGGUGGGGUGAGAAUGGGCGCUUCCGGAUCCUGCGUGGCUCGAACGAGUGUGAGAUCGAGAGCUAUGUGCUUGCCUCCAACCCGUACGUUCACCAGCACGUCCAGCCGGUGCGCCAGUUGGGCGAGCUGCAGGAGCUGAUCGUCGGUACCGGUUACGUUCCCCAUCCGAGCCACCAGCGCAACUAUCCUGUCCACAGACGUGGCUAAGCUAAUGAGGUUGCGUCAUCAAGUAGCACCUCCCUACCAUGGAGGACACUUCUGACAAUCGAGAUGCGCAUUUGCGUAAUUAAUUUCCCCUCCCGAUAUCCCCCCUCCAUUUUCCUAUUCUAAGCUGUGAAGCUGCACACAGUAUUAAAAGCAGAAAUGACGCCGAUGAGAUUGUGCGUGCGGUCAAUCGUCCCGGCGGAAGCUCACAUGUAACGAAGAGAGAGAAAGAGCGAGAAUUCAUUUGCCAUUUUAUGUCUGUUAAAAGAAAAACUAAAUUUCUAACGAAACUGCAAUUGGUUCUUGUGGCGCAAAACGAAACACCGAUUGCACAAACCAAAGCCGGACGACAGCGAGCCUCUUGCUAACCAGUGUUCAGCGCCAUUUCACUCAAACUACUCAAGCGAACACACUCUACCAACCCACUAAAACUAAAACUGCUUUCCAUGGUGUUCAUUUGUUUGAAGAAAAUUGUUUGUUUAAAAACGUCCUAGAGCUAGUGCGUGCCUCGGUUAUAUAGCCCCAUGGGCCUAGAGCGCAUAGGCGUAUAGGAAUAUUCACGUUUUGUUCGAUUCCCAGUUUAAUCAACCUUUAUGUAAAUGUGUAGAGUGUAGACGUGUCGGAAGAUGCGCAGACGAUAAAUAUGUAAGAGCGGCUAUCAAUCCUCGCCGGAAUAGCGAUCUUAGCGCCCGUCUCCUUCCGCUAUUUCCUCAUCCUUCUUAACGAUUUCAUUUCGCCUCCAACUUAGCGCGAAGUAGCGAAUGUGUUAGUGCUUCGCGUAUUGCGUGUACGAGACACGCGACGAAACUGUGACAAACAACUGAUCGAUCGAUUUUUCCCUCGCGUGCUCCUCACACUCCCAUUCGGUCGAUAGCAGCCGUGCCAAAAUGAUAUAGAUAUGUAUUGCGAACCUUUCCCAUUUUUUUGUUUUGUCCAAAAAACCAAGAAUCUAUAACACGUAAACCACAUGCACACACGUAUUUUGGCGUAGAUGUUACCGUCGUCGUUUUUUUUGUUCACUCGUAAGGAUUGUGUAUUUGUUUUUAAGUUUUCAAAUUUAUAUAUAUUUAAUGGUAUAGUCGUCAUUUAAUUCGCUAUAUACACAUGAAUGUAAAUGUAUUAUCAUUAUAAUGCUGAUAUAUACAAUAAAGAGUGUGAAGCAAACAG